AUGUCUUUCUCGCCGGAGAUAUUUAAUAAGAAACUCGAAUCAUUGCAGGAAACGCAAGAUUCGAUAGUAACAAUAUCACAGUGGGUUCUUUUUCAUCAUAGACAUAGCAAAGACAGUGCAAGACAAUGGUCUGAAUAUAUCUUGCAACCUACUCUUAAAUCAGCCAAGCGUCUUUCUUUAUUAUAUCUAUGUAACGAUGUGGUUCAACAGGCAAGACAUAAGAGGAAGACUGAGUUCAUAGCAGAAUUUGCAAAGAUAUUACCCAAUGUACUUAAUCAAGUAUACUCGACAUUAGAUCCAUCUAUUCGGCCAAAGGUUGACAGAUUGAUAAGCGUGUGGGAACUGAGGUCUGUUUUCAAUGCUAGUGAUAUAAGGGAAAUGAGAAAAGGCGUCAAGCUAUCUAGUAACAACAUAUCACUUAGCUCAGCUAGUGCCGCUGAAUCUAAAGCCCCUGUUGAAGAUAUUUCUCCCGAACUUAAGCAUCUAAAUAAUUUGUUUAAUCAUUUGACAAAACUUGUUGAUACGAGUCAAGCAAACUUAAGUCAAGUUGGUAGUCAAUCCAAGACUUAUCUACCACUGGACCCAAGUGCAUCUGAUAGUCUACCGUCUCCUAAGGUAUAUAUAUCAAAACUUAAUGUGUUAGAAAAACUAUGCAAAAUCUCCAGUAAGAACAUUGAAGAAAUUAAAAAAGAUAGAUUAGAGAUUAUAUCCCAACUCGAUAACCUAAAAAAUUUGGUCUCGGAAGGAUUGUCUGCUGAUGAGAACAAGGAAACUGUGAUUUCCUCUAAAUUAGAUAAAUUGAACGAGACAAGAGAUGAACUAAAGGCAAUGUUGCGAGAGGAACCAGGGUCAAGGGAUGAAUCGAGAAAUGCAGAAAAAAUGUCAGUGAAAAAUGCAGACAAAGAUGAUGAUGAUGAUGAUGACGAUGAUGCAAUUCCCACCUAUGAGAAUGACAGCGAGGAAAAUGAUGAAGAGCCGCCUUCCAAAAAGCUCAAGAAAUCCACUUCAUCGAGUGAAAAUUCUACUCCCAACACGAUUAAGAAAACAGUUGCUUUUUCCGAAGACGUUGAAGUGAAAGAGUAUACUACUGAUGGCCAAACUGAGGGCAUAAGAAUAGUGAGAGACGAGCAAAAUGAUUUUUCAGAUGAUGGAUCAGAUAAUGAUGAAAAUGUGGAAGAGAUAUCGCCAGGCUUUGUGGCUCAUCAUAAAGAUGAUGUAAUAUUAAAGGAAGAAAGUGAAAAUGAUGACUACGAUCCCGCGGCAGAAUUUGACCAAGAUAGAAACACUGACAACGACUAUAAUAAUGACAGAAAUCUGUCUGUGAAUGACAGCGUCCUUAAUUUGCUAUCCAAGUUAGCAUAA